AUGGCCGACACUGCUAAGAACGGUCCUUUGGACUUCACCACCUUCCAUAAUAUUAUUAAUAACGAAUUGUCCCCAACCUCUACAACUCGACACAGCAUUAACCCUGCGAAUUCCAAGCCCAACCCUGAAGUCCCUGUCGCGACCCAAGAAGAUGUCGACCGUGCCGUGAAGCAUGCCCGCAACGCCUUCAAGGAGUGGUCUAAGACAUCUUUCGCCGAGCGUCGGGCCGCUCUGUCAGCUUACGCUGACGCUGUCGACGCUAACGCUGAUGCAUUCGCUGAGACCCUCACCAUGGAGCAGGGAAAGCCACUGAACCAAGCCGCUACCGAGGUCGGAAUGGCCUCUACGUGGAUUCGGGCCAUGAUUGAAAUCGAAAUCAAAGACAACGUUAUCGAGGAGAAAGAUGAUCUGAAGAUUGUUCAGCGCUAUACGCCUAUGGGUGUUGCAGGUGCGAUCGUGCCGUGGAACUUCCCCGUGCUCCUUGCUAUGGGCAAGAUCGUCGCUGCUGUUUACACUGGUAAUGCUGUUAUCGUUAAACCAUCGCCUUUCACUCCUUACUGUGACUUGAAGUUGGUUGAGUUGGCGACUCGAUUUUUCCCUCCCGGUGUGAUUCAGUGUCUGAGUGGUGAUGAUACCCUUGGCCCGAUGUUUACGGAUCACCCUGGUAUCGAUAAGAUCAGCUUCACCGGCUCUAUUGCAACGGGUAAGCGGGUGAUGGCAAGCUGCGCUAAGACUCUUAAGCGAGUAACUCUGGAGCUUGGUGGAAAUGACCCUGCCAUUAUCUGCGACGAUGUCGACAUUGACGCUAUCAUUCCUAAGAUCGGUAUCUUGUCCUAUCUUUGCAGCUCUCAGAUCUGCAUGAUGAUCAAGCGUCUCUAUGUCCACGAGAAGAUCUACGACGCCUUCCUAGAGAAGCUGAUCGCAUUUGUAAAGACGCUUAAGGUUGGAGACGGUAACGAGGCCGAUGUUUUCUUCGGCCCUGUCCAGAACAAAAUGCAAUUCGAGAAAGCCAAAGAGCUUUUCAGCUCCAUCACCACCGAGAAUCUCAAGGCUGCACUGGGCGGUUCGAUCGAAGAGUCGCACGGAUACUUCAUCCACCCGACCAUUAUUGACAAUCCGCCCGAGUCAUCUCGUGUCGUGCAGGAGGAGCCGUUUGCGCCCAUUCUUCCCAUUAUGAAAUGGUCGGAUGAGGACGAUGUUCUUGAGAAAGCGAACGCCCUGGACACUGGCCUCGGCGCAUCAGUUUGGAGUAAAGAUUUUGAGCGGGCUACUCGUAUGGCUAAUCAGCUCCAGGCAGGUGUUGUUUGGGUCAACUCGCACUUUGAUGUCUCUCCUAAGGCGCCAUUUGGUGGUCACAAGCAAAGUGGUAUGGGUGUUGAGUGGGGCCUGACUGGUCUCUUGGCUUAUUGCAACUCGCAGACACAGUGGUUGAAAAAGAGCUUCUAG